AUGGACAAGAAGCUCGAGGAGGGCGCGCCCCACCGCGUCGCGGGGGCUCCAAGGUCAAUCCUGAAUUGCAAGGUGUCCUGGCUCAAGCUCGUAUUUCUGGACGUGAUCCCGACGUUUGUGCUGGUGCUGAUCGGCCUCGUAGCGUUCGGCCUCGUCAUGGAGUCGCACAUUGUCUCGUGCAUGCGCGUACCUAAGAGCACCAUUCUCAACGAAGAAGAAGUGUGCGCUCCUGCAGUCCUGAACGCCAGCACUAUCGAGUACCACACAGUCCACCGCUACUACUCGGCGCUCAAGGAGAUGGACCCACCAACCGCACCAACCUUCCGUGGUAAGCACACGGAGCUCUGCAAGGAGGACAAGAGAGCCAAGAUGAAGUACGGCUACUGCCUGCCGAUCUCCAGCCGCAAGGACACGCCGUUCUGCACUGCCGGCGACCGCACGGAUCUGCUCAGUGUUCGCUCUCCCGACUCGGUGUGCUACGCCAGCGUGUUGCACAUGUUGCUGGUCGAAGUUUACGAGGAACUCGAGGCAACAGGGAACUCCCCACUGAUCGUGUUCGGGUCGCUACUUGGCGCCGUCCGCAACGGAUCGAUGAUCCCGUUCACCGAAGACACCGACAUUGGGUUCGUUGGGAGGCUCAAGGCGAAGGAGCAGCUACAGGACGCGCUGUGGCGAAAGGGCUAUCACAUGUUCUUCAUGAACAUUUGGCGAGUCUGCGUGGCGCCAACGCACCCGCUCGCUCCCAAGCUGUACGAUCCGAGUUUGCCACUUACAAGGAACUUUGCCGUGCCCUACGUGGACCUGUACCAGAUGAAGAGACUCAACAAUGGCAACUGGGACAUCGAGGAGCUUCAGGCCAGCAACGGCCGACUAAUGCCGUACGACAAGGUGGAGCCCUUCUCGCAGGUGACCAUCAAUGGCAUGCCGUUCGACACGGUGCGAGACCCGCAUUUCUUCCUGAGGGAGGCCUAUGGCCCCAAUUACAUGACGCCGAGGCCGCGAAGAACCCCUGCUCCGGUGAGACCGAAGGCCACGGAUUCGGUAAUGAACGCUACCAAGACCACGAAAUGA